AAAUGGUUAGCUAACUAAUAAAGUGAAACUUUGGAUAGCUAAUCCUGGACAUGCUCUAAAUCCCCAAAGUUGGGCAUUUCAAGCCCAUUAGCUUCGUGCACUCAAAUCUCGUAACCACUCUCUGAUAAACCCUAAACAAACCAUGCAAUUUCUUCACAAACUCAUCCCCAAAACCCCAACCUCCCCAUCUCUCUUCCACAUUACCUCUCGCUUCCUCACCACCACCCAAAUCCCAAAUUCCUUCCCCGACGAACCCAGCUCCGCCUUCUACGACCACCUCAUCGACGCCGCUGGCCGCCAAAAGGACUUCGCCACCGUCCUCAGCCUCCUCAACAAGCGUUCACGAGACGGUUUCUUCAACACCACCAACACCUUCAAUUUCAUCUCCACCAACCUCUCCGUCCUCGACGACCUCUCCCAAACCCUAGCCUCUCUCGACAGAGGCUUCACCCGAAAGAGCGCCUUCGACGCACUCGUCUCUCGCCUCUCCCGCUUGGGCCGCCCCGACGAAGCUCUCCGCGUGGCGGAGCAAAUGCUCCGGCAGGGCUACGGUGCGAACGCGUGCACCUUCCACCCCAUACUCAACGCUCUCACUAGGAAGAAGACGAUGGACGAGGCAUGGCGCGUCAUAGACUUGAUGAGAGAGAAUCGAAUCUCCCCUGAUCUGACGGCCUAUAAUUAUCUCCUCACGGCUUAUUGCUUCGUCGGAGAUCUGACGUCAGCCGCCGGAUUGCUGACGAGGAUGGCGGAGGAGGGGUUGGGGGCGGAUUCGAGGACGUACGACGCGCUGGUUCUGGGCGCGUGUAGGGUGGGGAAGGUGGAGGGUGCUCUGGUGGUGCUGAGGAGGAUGGAGGAUGAUGGAGUGCCGGUGUUGUACUCCACUCAUGUGCACGUUAUAAGUGGGUUGCUGAAGUUGGGCUAUUAUGCGCAGGCGGUUGAGUUUGUGAUGAGCUAUGGAGGGAGGGACGAAGGGUUGGAUACGGAGAGUUUUGGGAUUUUGGCUAGCCGUCUGAUUAAUUUGAAGAGGUUUGAUGAUGCCAAGUUGGUUUUGAAGGAGAUGAGCAAAAUGGGUUUGAAAAUGGGUGCUAAAUUGAUGGAUUUUUAUGAAUUACAUAUCAAAGAGUAAAUGCCAAUUAAUUUCACUCUUCUUUGCUUCAAUUUCAUUUUUUUAUUUUUUAUUUUUUUUGGGUUUAAUUUAGUAUGUAAUGGUAAAUGAUGCAUUAUAUAAAAUAUGUUAAUGCAUUGUUCAUACAGUAGAUUGGUAUUCAAAAUUUAAUAUCAAAAUUUUGUCA